AUGUUUUCUUGCUCAAGACGAGUUUUCAGAGGCCGUCUUGUGCGCAGCGCGUGUACCCGGCUUGCGAGCACGGUCCACAACCAGUAUGCUAAACCAUUGCUAGGCAAAGAGGCUGCACUCUGGGUCAAUGCGGACGGAAUAGACUUUGUACCUCCUUCUGUGAGCUCGCCUUCUGUGGCUGGCGAGUUGCUUGACCUAAAGUCGAAAAAGAACGAGCCCGAUCCAAAGGACGAGUCCAAAAGGAAAGACAAGGACAAAAAGGAGGACGAAAAGGACAAGCCAGACAACAAGACGCCGAGACCUUCGAAACCACGGACCCUUGCCCCCUCUGCGGGAUCCGGCGUUGCUGCUGGCGCCAAUGGCGCGAGUGGGUCAGCAGGAGCUCCAGGCAACUCUGGUUCGGGCGAUGAUCCUGCAGACGAGGAGUCGUCGGUCAACAGUCCCGCCACAGUCGAACUGCCAGAGAUCUAUCCACCUAUUAUUGGUCUGCCUAUUUCCAGAAGACCUCUGUUCCCCGGUUUCUACAGAUCCGUGAUCAUUACCGACGUGAACGUUAUCAAGGCCGUCAAGGAGGCCACGUCCACACAGUAUCCAUUCAUUGGCUGUUUCCUGUUCAAAGACGAGAACAUGGAGGGAGACGUCAUUAAUUCGAAAGACGAGGUUUACAGCACCGGUGUGCUGGCACAAAUCACGUCCAACGUGUAUACCAGAGAUACAGAGACCGGCGUGGAGACUUUAACGACCGUGCUGUUCCCUCACAAGCGGAUCAAGAUCGACGAGUUGUUCGUUCCUAAUGUUUCGAAGAGCAAACACAGUUUUGUCAAGGUGUCCACCACAGAGGUCGACGAGUCGGCAGAUAAGCAGAUAAUCGAGGGAAUAACCGGCGAGAAGGAGGGUGACGAGCCAAAGUCUCCGUCGGAAGUCAUCAAGUCCAGCGACGAGGAGGUUGUCAUUGACGAGGACGACGAGUACAACCCUACUGCGUUCCUCAAAAAAUACCCAAUCAGUUUGGUCAAUGUUUCCAAUGUCGAGGACGAGCCGUAUCCAGACAGAGACCCAAGAGUGAACUCGUUGACUGCCAUUACCCUUGAGACGCUGAGAGAGAUUACCAAGCUCAACAAACCGUUCAGCGACCAAUUGCUUUACUUUAUCAGCUCAUUGAAGGGCGACGUGUAUCACCAUCCUGAGAGACUGGCAGAUUAUGCUGCCGCCGUUGCUGCUGCCACUCCACAAGAGCUGCAGGACGUGAUGGACUGCACCAACAUCCCCGACAGACUGGAUAAAGCUUUGAAUUUGCUACGAAAGGAACUGAUGAACAAAGAACUGCAGAAACAGAUCGAGCGGGACCUCGAGGAGAGGAUGGCCAAGAGACACCGCGAAUUUAAUCUUCAGGAACAGCUCAAGUGGAUCAAGAAAGAGCUGGGAAUUGACGACGGCAGAGACAAGCUGAUUGCCAAGUACAACGAACGUGCGUCCAAGCUAAAGUUCCCUGAAGAGGUGCAGAAGGUUUUCCAGGAGGAAAUCAACAAGCUUCAGACUUUGGAGCCGCUGAUGGCCGAGUACGCUGUGACCAGAAACUACCUGGACUGGCUGACGCAGUUGCCAUGGGGGCUGCAAUCGAAAGACAGAUACGAUCUCAAGAUUGCCAAACAAAUUCUGGACGAGGACCAUUACGGUCUCAAAGAGGUCAAGGACCGGAUUUUGGAGUUUAUUGCUGUUGGCAAGCUUCUCAACAAGAUCAACGGUAAGAUUAUUUGUUUUGUUGGUCCACCAGGUGUUGGUAAGACGUCCAUUGGUAAGUCCAUUGCCAGAGCACUGAACAGAAAAUUCUACAGAUUCUCUGUCGGCGGGUUGACCGACGUGGCUGAGAUCAAGGGUCACAGAAGAACCUAUGUUGGUGCCAUUCCUGGUCGUAUGGUGCAGGCUCUGAAAAACACAGAAACUGAGAAUCCGCUUGUUUUGAUCGAUGAGAUCGACAAGAUCUCGCACACCCACCACGGCAGCGGUGGCGACCCUUCUGCCGCACUGCUGGAGCUGCUUGAUCCUGAACAGAAUGGAACGUUCAUGGACUACUACAUGGACGUUCCUAUCAACCUCUCGCGCGUGCUGUUUGUGUGCACAGCUAACACUCUCAGCACGAUUCCUGCCCCAUUGCUGGAUCGUAUGGAAGUGAUAGAGAUUGCCGGUUAUGUUGAGGACGAGAAGAUCAAGAUUGCCGAAAAUUACCUCGCUCCGUCUGCAAAGGACACGUCGGGCCUGACUGACGUGGACAUCUCUUUAAGAGAGGACACUUUGCAGCAGCUGAUCAGAGGCUACUGUCGUGAAAGCGGAGUGAGAAACCUCAAGAAACAGAUUGAGAAGAUAUUCAGAAAAGCCGCAUUGAAGGUGGUGAAAGACGUUGAUGGCGUUGACUUCGACAAGAACGAGAAGGUUGAGCAAAAUGAGCAAGCCAAGGAGACUGCAAAAACCACAGAGUCUGAGAAUUCUACGUCAGAGGCCUCUGAGACAUCAAGCUCUGAGAAAAACGAAGACAAAGACGAGGUCAAAGAAGAGGCCAAGGAAGAGGCCAAGGAAGAGGAAGACGCUCCGAAGGUGGUUGUUCCGGAAGGAUACAAGAUCGAGGUGACGCCAGACAACCUCAAAGACUACGUGGGGUCCCCUGUUUACACUGCAGACCGACUAUACGAGAAAACACCACCGGGUGUGGUUAUGGGUCUUGCAUGGACCCAGACGGGAGGGUCAGCUCUGUACAUUGAAUCGAUCAUUGAGCACGCCAUCAACAAGGACUCGACGCCUAAGCUAGAGCGCACGGGCCAACUUGGAGACGUGAUGAAGGAGUCUGUGCGGAUCGCGUACUCGUUCUCCAAGAUGUAUCUUGCCAAGAAGUUCACAGAGAACCGGUUCUUCGAUCGUGCCCAGAUCCACCUGCAUUGUCCUGAGGGGGCCACGCCAAAGGAUGGACCAUCCGCCGGUGUUGCCAUCACGUCGUCGUUCCUUUCUCUUGCUCUGAACAAGCCUUUAAGACCCGACAUUGCCAUGACUGGAGAACUCACAUUGACAGGACGCGUGCUGCGUAUCGGUGGCCUCAAGGAGAAGACGCUUGCUGCGAGAAGGUCCGGCGUCAACACGGUCAUUUUCCCUAAGGACAACCUUGCGGACUGGAACGAGUUGCAGGACAACGUCAAGGAGGGCAUCACGCCCGUGCCUGUUGAGUGGUAUGACGAGGUGUUUGCGACGCUGUUUGGCGAUGUGACUUCUGACGAGGGCAACGCAGUCUGGAAGAAGGAGUUUGAGCUGAUCGACCAAGCCGAGAAGGACAAGAAAUGA